AUGGGUGUUCCUUUCGAGGCCCUGCUUCCCUAUGGGAUUAUCAUCACCAUGUUUGGCGUGAGUGGCUACGGUCUUCACUACGUCAAGCGCUUUGCCAACGACGGCAAGAAGGCGCGCUGGAACCGUGACCUCUGGGACAGACAAAUGAUGGAGAGAGACCAGCGCAUCACAGGUUCAUUCCGCGGGCAGUCCAGCAACCACCAAGCACCCACUGGAUUCGAAGUCAGCAACCCAUGGAAGAUCGAGAGCCGAAUCUACUAG